ACUGGUCCUUUCCAACUGAAACCCUCUUUCGCAGAAGCCGAAGCCCUCUGCCUCUGUAGCAGCACGCCCCCACGAAGCUGCGCCAAUAACAACCCUAUAAUAUUCAUCAAGCAAACUCGCACUUACGCGUAUGUUCAUAUUCAUAUUUUAACAUUGGUGGUUCCGUGGAAAUCUCAAGGUUUUGCUGUGAAAAUGGCGGAGAGCCUGUUGAUUGAUACGGAAACCAAGAAUCCAUUGGAUUCUAGCUCGGAUCCUUCUAAUGGGUCGGUGUUAUUCAGCCGGAGAAUCGAGUUUCUUCCUGCGAAGAAGCCCUUCAAAGGAUUUAGCGACGGAGGGAGUGAUUUUAAGCUCGAAACUUUAAACCCCGUCACGUCAUCUGAAGCUCGGCGACCUGGUUCCGGUCCGGGUGGAAAAAAGCAUGAUGGUUCCGAAUUCUGUGAUUAUGGUUUGGAUCCGGAGCUCAGUUUUGGGAUUACCGUUCGAAGGAUUGGAGCUGGCUUGCGAAAUUUGGGAAAUACUUGCUUCCUUAAUUCAGUAUUGCAGUGUUUGACAUAUACAGAGCCUUUAGCUGCAUACCUGCAAAGUGGAAAGCAUAAAAGUUCUUGUCAUGUUGCUGGAUUUUGUGCUUUGUGUGCAAUACAGAAUCAUGUCAGUCGUGCACUUCAAUCAACUGGGAGAAUAUUAUCUCCAGAGGAUCUGGUUAUGAACCUGCGCUGCAUAUCACGGAAUUUCCGAAAUGCAAGGCAGGAGGAUGCACAUGAGUAUAUGGUCAACUUGCUUGAAUCAAUGCAUAAAUGCUGCCUGCCUUCUGGAGUUCCAAGUGAAUCCCCUAGUGCCUAUGAAAGGAGUUUGGUUCACAAGAUCUUUGGUGGUCGCCUUCGUAGUCAGGUCAAAUGUCAUCAAUGUUUGAAUUGCUCCAACAAGUUUGAUCCAUUCUUAGAUUUAAGUCUUGAAAUAUUCAAGGCAGAUUCAUUGCAGAAGGCACUUUCAAAUUUCACAGCUGCUGAGUGGUUAGAUGGAGGAGAAAGACAGUAUCAGUGCCAACGAUGCAAGCAGAAAGUUAAAGCUCUCAAACAGCUUACUAUUCAUAAGGCACCAUAUGUUCUGACCAUUCAUCUAAAGCGGUUUUAUGCUUAUGAUCCGGGACAAAAGAUUAAGAAAAGAGUUCAGUUUGGCUGUGCACUGGAUUUGAAACCUUUUGUCAGUGGUUCCUAUGAAGGAGACUUAAUGUAUUCUCUUUAUGGGGUGCUGGUUCAUUCUGGCAGCAGCACUCAUUCUGGCCACUAUUACUGCUAUGUCCGCACAGCAAAUAACAUGUGGUACACCCUGGAUGACAAUCGGGUGAGCCAUGUUAGUGAGCGGGAAGUUCUGAAUCAGCAAGCUUACAUGUUAUUUUAUGUUCGGGAUAGAAAAAACAUUGUUCCAAAGAAGCCUGUUGACAUGGCCCAGAAGGAGAAUAUGAAAGUGAAUGUGAGUGCAAGUAAAGCUUCUGUAAAUUCAAACCAAGCUUUGAAGAAAGAAUUGGUUCUAACUGGUCGAGCAGAAAAUUUACUCAGCAAUACAUCUUCCACUGCUGAAGCUCAUAAAAGUUCAUUAAAUAUUGAUUCUUUGAGGGGUUCCUUAUCAAAGGAAGCAUCAAAUCAGCAAAGAAAUAGCUCUUUAAAAGAUCAGUUGAUACAAAAUAAACAAUCUGUAUCCGAACUGUGUUCUCAGCCAUUGGCACAAAAACAGUCAUCUGAAGUGCUCUCUGUUGCUAAACCAGAACCAGAAGGCUUGUUGCCAUUAGGUGAACGUGUAAACAACAGUUGUCCUCAUAAUAUGAAAAAUUUAGUUGCUUCAGCAGCUGUCUCAAUAAAUAAGGGCAAAGAGAAUGGUGUUUCCAAAGAGGAUGUGAAAGACAUUCUCUUCUUGGCACCAUCUGUUAGUGACCCUGAAAAAGCUGCUUCUCAACCUGUUACGGAUGAAACCUCUUGGAAGAAUAAUGAUGUCACGAAAGUUGAUGUCGCUACAGUUGGAGGUUCAAGUACGAAUACAUCAAAGAGCACUGCUACAAUUUCUCUAAUUCAACCAGGCAAUAGCAGCUGUCUGGUUGGAGGUUCUGCAACUGGUUCAGUAUGUGACAAAUCAGGUAAUCAAGUGUGUGAAAAGGUUGCUGGCAAUCAACCAAUGAUUCUUGAUAAGUCAGGAAGAUCAAUGGAUAUUGAUGGCCUUGGCCACAAGCGCUUCAAGAAGUCAAGGAAGAAGCUUUUGAAGUACCAGGUUUCAAGUUUGCAUGUUGGCUCUAACUUCCUUGUGAUGGCAUACUUAGGUUUGCGGAAGAAAAAGAAACACAAAAAAAUCAGACACCAGACUUUUGAUAUAAAGAAUCGAAGUAAAGAAAAGCUGGAUGAACAUAUCUUCUCAUCAGAUGUGGGGCCAUCAAGUAGUGUUGGGAGUAUUGGAACCAGAACAUCUGAUAAACGUGCUGCUAAUCAUCUGUCAAUGAACUUUAUUAGUGAACCAGUGAUGGGAAAAUUUGCCAAUGGAGAAUUCAGAAAGAGGAUUGAUCAAGACUCUGCUGUGCUUGCUACUGCCAAGCUUGUAGAAAAGGUCUCCGGGCAUAGCACAGUUGCAAACCAAUGUGAUUCUAGAUUGCCCAAUAGGCUACAAGAUGGUAACAGAGAACAAAUGCAUUUUAGUAUGAUUAGUAAGCUUAGCCAAGGUCUAGAGGUUCCACGUUGGGAUGAUGAAGAAUUGCCAUCAUUUCAGUCCAUUGAGCCGAAGAAUGAGAUCAUGAGCAUUGGAUAUGUUGGGGAUGAAUGGGAUGAAGAAUAUGAUAGGGGGAAGAGAAAGAAGUUAAGGCCGUUUAAGCACAGCUUUGGGGGGCCAAACCUUUUCCAAGAAAUUGCCUCUGAGAAAUCUCAGCUUAAAAAGAUGAAGUUGGACCGAUGCAGGUCAGGGAAUCUCCCAUUCAGGAUAUGAUGCUUUUGGAUAUUGUUUGUUUGUGGUAGAAAUUAGUAAUUUGUCGAGCUGAAAUUGUAAUGGAAAAUAGCACUUGCUCAUUUUCCUAGUUCAAAGUUUUGAGUUCCUUGCAUUAUUUUGCCCUAUUAGGCUUUACCAUAUAUAUGUCUUGGAGGACAUUUCUCAUUUCAGAGAUGUUCUUGAAGAGAAACGAAACCCUUGUAUUUCUUCUGAUUUAGCUGCCUUGAGUGGCUUACAAAUUUUGUUCCUUAGUUCUCACCUAUGCACGAUCAUGUUCUAACACGUCAAUCUGUUCCUUGUAUCAUUUAUUAUUUGGAUAGAUGUAUUUUGCUAUGUACUUGAGGACAAUAAUCCGUAUUUUCAUCAUCA